GCACGGUUCACGCUACGGUACGCCAUUUGUGUCUAGCAGCAAAAAGCGCGGACAGUGGAAAUAGUCGUAUAAGAAGAGGAGUUUGAUUCACCUUUGAUGACAGAGAUCAGCUUCACUGUUAUGUAAUUAUAGCAGGAUAUGAUAUGGAUAAAGCCUUGAUAUCAGGAAAGGAGGCUGUUGAGAACAACGUGUCUGAAAAUGACACCAGUGGGAAGGUGCAGCCAGAUGAUGUGGAAAUGGAGGAAACUAAAAGAGACUCGCCCAGUAAGACUGCCAAGCCUGAUGAGGAAGUCAGUGAGGGGCUGCGGCCAGACUCCGUACCUGAAGAUGGAGAUAACCUCUGCACAACUUGUGGCUUCUCGGCCAAAUGUCCAAGAUCACUGAAGAUUCACUAUGCAAGAAAGCAUGGGAAUAAAUCUAAGGAUACCAAUAGAACUGCAAAGCCAGCUGAGAAGAGCGAAACCAUCUCUGACGUGAGUUCAGCUGAAAUCCAGCAGGAAGUAGACAUGGAGACAGAAAGUUCUGCUGAAGUUAAGCAAAAUGAGUCUGAUCUUGACAAUGACAAUGGCACAAACACAAAGCGUUUAACUAAAAAGGAAACCGUAUUAGACAAACAGCAGGCCGAUCAAGAGGAAGCAAUCUGUACCCAAGAGAGAAGAGUGAGCAAGCGAACCCCAAAACCUAAGAUGAUAUAUUCCUGCAACUACUGUGGGCAAGAGUUUAGGGACAAGGCCCCUCUAGAUGUGCAUAUCCAGAGAUCCCACACCAAAGACACCCCAUACACAUUUGAAGCUGAUGAGAACAUGGAUAAAGAAGAGGUAGCUGAGGACCCUGGCAGCACUGUGAAAGCUACUCCAACACGAAUGGCGACCAAACGUACACUCAAAAGGUUCCAGCUGAAUUGUAGACUCUGUGAUUUUAGGGUUAGCACCCCUGCAAUGCUGGAGACCCAUGCUCGAGCCAAACACCUGGACCAGGAGUGGUACCACUGCAAAUUGUGUAACUUUUUUUCGGCCACAUCUGAGUGGAUGCAGGCUCACCUGUCUUCAGAUAGGCACAUGCAGCAGGAGAAAGGCGAGAAAACCCCAGAAUCUUCCGCAUUUGAAGUCUACGUUGAGAGUAUGUACAGAGACAGUGCUGGAGAGGGGGCCAUUAUAGAUGAUAUGACUCUGCUGGCUGAUGAAGAAGGGGUAGCUACUUUGACAGAAGAAGAUCAGGAAACUGAAGAGGCGUCGGAGGCUGCCAAAGCUGUGUCUGUUGAGAAAGAAGAUUUGGAGCUUGAACCUCCCAGAAAGAAAAAAGGAAGACCAAAGCAAGGGUCCACGACUACUUGUGGAUACUGUGGCCUGGUAGUGUCCAACGCUACGAACCUUAGUGUCCAUGUCCGCCGCAAACACAGCAAGGAGUACGGCUACAGCUGCACUCUCUGCAACUACAGCUGUGUGACCAAAGGAGACAUGGACCGUCACUGUAUCACAAAGAAGCAUGUAAGACGUGCACAAGAGUGUGCAAAUAAGAACCCUGACCACAAUCACAACAGUGCAUCACCACAAGAACCCACAACUACACAAGCCCAGGAACCAAAUGCAGCCUCAGAGACGUCUGACAAUGAGCAGGAACCUGACAACACGGCAUCCAAUGAACAAAGUGGAGAAGCGCAAACUCAGUCAGACACAAGCCAGAAAAAAAGUAAAUAUGACUCUGUUAAUGCUUGCAGCCAUUGCGAUUUUGUAGCUCAAUCAAUCCCUUCGCUCCAUCUUCACGUCAAGAGAAAGCACACCAAAGACUUUGAGUAUGUCUGCUUAGCAUGUAGCUACUAUGCCGUAACAAGCAGAGAAAUGUCUCGCCAUUCCAACACAGAAAAGCACAAACAGAAAAGCCAGAAAUACCUGGAACCAUUGGGGAGUGAUGGGCAAAGAGCUUUGCCAGUCCCACUGAAGCUGAACGAGGUCAUUGAGCUUGUGGAGACGAACUCUAACCCUGAAGGUGAACCUCCUAGCCCCACAGAAGAGCCUGAAUCUUGUUCUGAUGACAGCCAAGCGAUGGAAAGUCAGGACGCAGCUGCACCCUCGGUCACCACAGAACCUGUCGAUGUUGCCGCUAGUGUGGCUGGCAGUACAGACGAGAAGCAAGAAGAGAUUAUUACUUCUUCCAGUGGUGGCGAACCAGAUCCAACCGACCAGACAAUUGAACUCACAGCGAUGUCUGAACCCCAGCAAGCUCCAGCAGAACCUCAACCUGCAGAGGAUCAGUCCGCACAGCAAGAGAGCCAGGAGGAAGGGGCUAAUCAAGCAGACGCUGAGCACUUAAAUGCAGAUGAGAUGACUUCAGAUGAAAAAAGUGACAGCUCUCAUUCCGAUACCCAAAUGUCCAAAGCCCCUCCUUUUGAUGCCUGCAUUGUAUCCAUGAAGGCCCUCGCUGAGCAGGAGCAGGCGCUGCAGGAAGGUCUGGCUCUAGAAGGCGAGUCUGCUGUGAUAUGUCUGACUGGAGGAACCCCGGUGCCCUCUGGCUUCCCGCCCUCCAAUUCUGCAUAUGUCAAGAAGCUCAAACGCAAGGAAGCGAAGGUGAGAGAGGAAGCCAAAGGAAGUAGCCCUCGCAUACGCUGCGAGGACUGUGGCUUUAUGGCCGACGGCAUCAGUGGCCUCAACGUCCACAUUUCAAUGAAGCAUCCGUCCAAGGAGAAGCAUUUCCACUGCUUGGUGUGCGGCAAGUCAUUCUACACCGAGAGCAACCUGCACCAGCACCUGACCAGCGCCGCCCACCUCCGCAACGAGCAGAACAGCGUGGAGGAGCUGCCGGAAGGAGGCGCUAGCUUCAAGUGUGUGAAGUGCACAGACCGCUUCGAAUCGGAGCAGGAUCUGUUUUUUCACAUCAAGGAGAAACACGAGGAGCUUCUGAGGGAGGUCAACAAGUACGUUUUGGAGGACACGGAGCAGAUCAACCGCGAGCGCGAGGAGAACCAGGGCAGUGUGUGUAAAUAUUGUGGCAAGGUGUGCAAGAGCAGCAACUCCAUGGCCUUCCUGGCACACAUUCGCACACACACCGGAUCCAAGCCCUUCACGUGUAAGAUCUGCAACUUUGCAACUGCUCAGCUGGGAGACGCCAGGAACCACGUGAAGAGACACCUCGGCAUGAGAGAGUACAAAUGCGACAUCUGUGGACAUUUAAAGACGCUCUGGCGGCACCAGUGGAUCAAUGGACAUGAUGUCUCUUUGUGCAUUAACACUCAGGUAUUGACCACUACAGAGGACGAGGUGGUUUGCUUCAAACGCAUCUCUCCUCCCUCUUUAGUCGGCAGCCUCAGCUGA